AUGGAGUACGUGUUCGAUGUGUUCUUCGACGAGUGCUUCGAGAAUAUGGCGCGCAGUGGGCUGAUGUCGCGCUCAGGUAGACGUGACAUAAUAAGCCACCUGAACUCGGUUAUCUCCGGUUGCAUCCAAGGGCGCCAGACUGCGUCAACGCAGCUGGCCGUCGGGCUGGCGGUGACGUCCGCCAUCGACUAUCACAACCGGAUGAAGGGGGACAACUAUGAGGUUUGCCUGAUGGGCAAAUAUCACAACGUGCUGUACAUAGCACUCCGAGUUGCCUGGGACUGGGGGCUGGAGGAUUCGGAAGUUGUGUGCAAGCUGCUAGAGGAAAUUUUUCGAUGUGAGAAUACCUUCGAGCGUCUAUUCCUUGGAGCGCUCUUCGGCUGUAAUGCACCGCACUUCAUCGCAGGCUGGAAGAGUGACUUCAACGAUCAGGAUGAGAACCUCAGGGCGGUUGUGUUUUUUCUGCACCAUGCAGCAAAAGCACGUGCGACCUAUCCAACCUUCUCCUACCUCUACCAGCAUCUGCGUCCAACGAAGUUUAUUGAUGUGCCGAUUGAAUCCUGCGGAAAAGCCUCGCCGCUGCGCGUAGCCCUGCAAGCCUCGGCUCCGGACAUCGUGCUCAUCCUUCUGCGCCACGGAGCGAAUCCCUGCCCGGACGACGGUGGUGCGAGCCCGGUGCUGGCUGUGCUGGACAAGCUGGCCGAGAGCGAGAACGGUUGCUACCCGUACCAGUUGGUGUCCUGCCUGAAGCUGCUGCUGCGCACAUCCACCAUGAUCGAGCUACCCUACAAACCGCACCUGUUCGCUAUUCGGCGCGAGAUGUUCCACGGUAAAUACGGACGCCUGCUGGACGACGGUCUGCUUCCUAUCGAGCAGGUGUACGGCAUACCGGCGCUGCGUCAUCUCUGCCGUUGUGCGGUUCGCGAGGUGUUACGUGAAAACUUCGCGUUGCCCGGCAGCGUACUGAAACUGCCACUACCACGCAAAAUGCAGAAAUACAUAGAUUUGCUCGACUGA